AUGCCCGAAGCGAAUCUACCUGCAGAGCCCAAUCUGCGAGUGACAAUCAUCGCAGCCGAUGGGUUGUACAAAAGAGAUGUUUUCAGAUUUCCCGACCCUUUCGCUGUUGCGACCAUCUCAGGAGAACAGACGAAGACGACAUCCGUCAUUAGGAAAACGUUAAAUCCUUAUUGGAAUGAAUCCUUUGAUAUGCGAGUCACCGAAGACAGUAUCUUAGCCAUCCAGAUUUUCGACCAAAAGAAAUUCAAGAAGAAGGAUCAGGGCUUCCUUGGAGUCAUCAACGUUCGCAUUGGCGAUGUCAUUGACCUGGACGUUGGCGGAGAUGAGAUGCUUACGCGGGAUCUUAAGAAGUCCACCGACAAUCUGGUUGUUCAUGGAAAAUUGAUCGUGAAUCUAUCCACCAAUCUCUCAACCCCUCCAAAUCAGCCAAACCGACCCGCCGCAAGCAACGCACCGAGUGUCAAUGGCACCAAUCCUCACUCUAGUACCACCACUGUGAACCAAACCCUUCCCGUCCGAUCCAGGAGCCCUGCACCGUCACGAACGGCUACAUCAGGCUCAACAGAGGCCAGAGCCUCCACCACCGCCCUGAACGGCAGUUCUACGCAAUCAACGUCCAAUGGACCAGGCAGAUCAGGAGGGUUCAGCUCCUUCGAAGAUAGCCAAGGACGAUUGCCUGCCGGAUGGGAACGUCGAGAAGACAAUCUGGGCAGGACUUACUAUGUGGAUCACAAUACCAGGACAACAACAUGGACACGACCAUCCAACCACUUGAGCGAGGCUGAGGCUCGAACCCGUCUUGAAGCGAACAUGCAGGUAGAACGUCAACGACAUCAGAAUCGUAUGUUGCCCGAGGAUCGCACGGGUGCCAAUUCGCCCAGCUUGCAAGAGUCCCGGGGAGGGUCUCCUUCUCAACACAAUGCGGUUUCGAUGAUGGCCACAGGGGCCACUACCCCCGGAACUGGAGAACUCCCUGCUGGUUGGGAAAUGAGACAUACGCCAGAAGGCCGAGCGUAUUUCGUCGACCACAAUACGCGAACCACUACAUGGGUCGAUCCCAGACGACAGCAAUACAUUCGUAUGUAUGGGAACAACCCGACGGGUAACAACACCACCAUUCAACAACAACCAGUGUCGCAGUUGGGACCAUUGCCGAGUGGUUGGGAAAUGCGACUCACCAAUACUGCCCGUGUCUACUUCGUCGACCACAACACCAAGACGACGACCUGGGAUGAUCCACGACUGCCAUCAUCUUUGGAUCAGGGUGUUCCUCAAUACAAGCGUGACUUCAGGCGCAAACUCAUCUAUUUCCGGUCUCAACCAGCUCUGCGCAUUCUCUCUGGUCAAUGCCACAUCAAAGUCCGACGGGGUGCCAUUUUCGAGGACUCUUACGCCGAGAUCAUGCGGCAAAGUGCAACGGAUCUCAAGAAACGAUUGAUGAUCAAGUUCGAUGGUGAAGACGGUCUGGACUACGGCGGUCUUUCCCGGGAGUUCUUUUUCCUUUUGUCACAUGAGAUGUUCAAUCCGUUUUACUGCUUGUUCGAAUACUCCGCACACGAUAACUACACUCUUCAGAUCAAUCCUCAUUCCGGCAUCAAUCCCGAGCAUCUGAACUACUUCAAGUUCAUUGGCCGGGUUGUCGGUCUUGCAAUCUUCCAUCGACGUUUCUUGGACUCUUUCUUUAUCGGCGCCUUCUACAAAAUGAUGCUUCGAAAGAAAGUUACCAUCAAUGAUAUGGAGGGCGUCGAUGAAGAGUACCACAAGAACUUGACCUGGUGUUUAGAGAACGACAUUACCGACGUGCUUGAUCAGACAUUUUCCAUUGAGGACGAGCAAUUCGGGGAGACCAAGACAAUUGACCUGAAGCCGGACGGCCGCAACAUUCCAGUUACCAACGAGAACAAGAGGGAAUAUGUCGAGCUUGUGACCGAAUGGAAGAUUGUCAAACGGGUGGAGGAGCAGUUCAACGCUUUCAUCACUGGCUUCAACGAACUCAUCCCGCAAGAUCUAGUUAAUGUCUUCGACGAGCGCGAGCUGGAACUUUUGAUCGGUGGUAUCGCCGAUAUCGAUGUCGACGACUGGAAAAAGCACACCGACUAUCGUGGCUACCAGGAAUCGGAUGAAGUGAUUCAGAAUUUUUGGAAAAUCGUUCGUACUUGGGAUGCCGAACAGAAGAGUCGUCUACUGCAGUUUGCCACCGGCACGAGCAGAAUUCCUGUCAACGGAUUCAAGGAUUUGCAAGGUAGUGACGGACCAAGGAGAUUCACCAUUGAAAAGGCUGGUGAAAUCAAUGCUUUGCCCAAGAGUCACACUUGUUUCAACCGACUUGACCUUCCUCCCUACAAAACCUACGAGGCUCUUCAACAAAAGCUCACGAUUGCCGUGGAAGAAACGCUGGGAUUCGGGCAAGAAUAG